GCUUAUUAUAAAAGGCAGUGCAAUGCGGUCAGAGCUCUCUUUUCUUUCAGAAUUAGAACUGAAAGCAUCUCUAACAAUUUCAUUUUACUUGACUAGUUUUUAUUACCUGCAUAUCUACCCUUCAUUCUUCGAACAGAAUUGCAAGUGGAAAAUGAAUUCUGCAACCGUAGAAGAAAAAAUUGAAAUGAUUCUGAUUUAUGGUGAAUGUAGGAGGAAUGUUGACGAUGCUGUUGCCUUGUAUGCUGAGCGUUUUCCAGACAAUGUUCGCUCACGUUCUUUUUUGUACAAAGUUGUGACUGCCUUUAUCUCGUAUGGCAGCGUACAAACUAAAAAAAGAAAACGAAGAACAACUGUUACAGGAGAAGUUAAUGAAAUAGCUGUGCUAGCAGCUGUUCACCACAACCCACAGAUGAGUCUACACUCACAAACCAUGGUGGCGUUAAUCGGCAUAACAUGCAUUACUGGAGUGUAGAAAAUCCCCACUGGUUACGACAAGUUGAAUAUCAACGUCCUUGGUCGGUUAACGUUUGGUGUGGAAUCAUAGGGAACAGACUUAUUGGUCCUUAUUUUAUUGAAGUAUGUGGUUUCAGCAUGACGGUUGCUCAGCGCAUAACUCAAUAGCAGCACGGGAAGUAUUAGACGUGAUUACAAUGGUCGGUGGAUUGGCAGAGGUGGCCCGAUUAAUUGGCCUGCUAGGUCGCCUGAUUUGACAUCGCCG